AUGGCGAUAAAUUCAUCACAGUAUACACAUACAACAACGCCGAUUCUAGAAGCCUGGUUAAUUAAAGCUCUUCGUCUUGUCCAUUCUAAAAAGCCUUCAGAUCGUGAUAAGUUACGUAAAUUGUAUAAAGAAGCUUGUGAGAAUGAAGCACAAGUUGCACAUAUGACUAUUGCUGAAGCUUUACGUGAACACCGAGAAGCUGUUAGUGUAUCAAGUGAACAGACUGAGCGUGAUACCUCUGGUGUAAUUCAUCCCACUCAACGUUCGCGUAUUGUCUCGUCAGUUGUUGAAUCAAAUGUUCCGACACCUUCAAGUGGUUCUACAACAACAACAACAACAGCAGCAACUACUGUUGCUACUACUUGUGUCACUGACUCGACAAAUUCAACAACACCUACCACUCCUAUCAAUACAACCACACAUAAUCUGAGUUCUGAUCAAAUUUUGAACUCAAUCAAUAAUUCUAACAAUAUACCUCCUGCUUCUCCUACUUCGUCAAUCAUUCCGAAUAGUACUCCUACUACUAAUGUUGCUACUUCCACUAUUUCUUCUUCAGUUCAAAGUACAAAUCGUACAGCAGUUAAACGUAAUAAAGUGGCAUUUUUCAAUAUCUUCGAUAUUGCCUCAUCAACAGCUAAUAACAAUAAUAAUAGUACUGGUUGCAGUAACACUUCAACAUCGACAACUUCAAAGAAUACUAUACAACGGCCUUUAAGUCAAUUGGAUAGUUCAAUUAAUACUGAAUCAGCUGAUCCGGGUACAACAGUUCAACCAAGUAGUUGUGGUACCAAUUCAUCACAAACAUCAGUGGGUACACGUAGCAGCAGCAGCAGCACUAGUGCUAGCGGAGUGCCAACAGUUGAUUCACCAAUGAAGAAUUCGAAUUCAUCCAUCGCUUUUAUAGAUUUAACAAAUGAUUCACCGUCGAAAUCAUCCCCAUCUACCGUCGCAACGACUAUUACUACUAAUACUACCACUGAUACUGCUGUGGCUACUUCUAGUACUACUACUACUACUUGCCCCAAUACUACUACUAUUACUUUACCUUCAGUCGACGAUAACUCUUCAAAAGAUAAAUUGCCAAGCGUGAAAAUCAAUCCCUCCGAAUACAUUUCUACACUUCAAACCUCCUCAGUACCAACGCCAUCUCCUACUACUAUGACAACUGAUCCUAAUAAUCUCUUAAAUUCAGAUAAAGACAAUAUCAGUUUGAGUAGGAGUAAUAAUAAUAAUAAUAAUAAUGCACGUCUAUUGGCUGCAAGUUUAGUCGCUGAUUUAGUCUGUCGUAUCUGUGGACGUUUAUCCCAGCAACCACAAUUGGAACCAGAUAAACGAACAAUGAAUGCCAAUGUUCUAGUUGAAUGUAUCCAGUGCGGUUCACUUUAUCACCAAUUAUGUCAUCAACCAGUGAUUUUAAUGUCGACAUCAAAACAACACUGGUUAUGCAUGCAUUGUUCUAGCACUACUGAUUCUCUAUCGAUUUCCACCUCUGUAAUCGAUAUGACACUAUCAUCCAGUACUACAGAGUCUACAACAGUCAUUUCAUCAAAGGUGAUUCGUUCUCAGAGUAUUUUGUCGUCAGAUGUAACAAUUAUUUCGUCAAGUAUUUCGGCAACUGGUUCUCCUUCUUCUUCUUCUACUCCUUCCACUGAUUCAACACAUCAUCAACCUCCUUUAAAUUUUGUGCCUAAUCCUGUCCAGUUGUCUGUCGGUUCUUCGCCUGUGUCGACUACACCAACUGCUGUUGUUUCUUCGUCUUCAUCGUCGUCUUCUGCUUGUUUUACUCCUACGAAUACUCCGACUACAGUUACAGUUGGUGCACGUAAACGUAAACCUGCAUUCACUACUCCAUUGUCUGGUAUUCCGCGUAAAUUAAAAGAUGAACAUGCUUAAAUUUAGCCAUUGCUGUUUUGAAUUCUAUGAUUUUUUUGUCUUUCAGUUGGCGGCUUGCUUAAAUCACAUUUAGGCUACCACCACCGACCUAAAUGUAUUGUGUUUACCCUCACUCCUUCCCCACCCCCAUCCCGCUCAUUUCAAAUUGUUUUAAUCAUACCAGUUUAUGUUUAAGAUUUGAAAAGUGUGCCUGAGGCACUUUUUCAAAUAUAUCUGAACCUUUCACUAUGGAUUUCCUGACGGAAAUAGAGGGAAAACAAAACAUGUAGUUCGGCGAAGAGUUUGUUUUCGCAAUUAUAUAUCAUUAUUUUUGUAUGUAUGGUUGUGUGUGUGUUUGUACAUUAGGUUUGUUAGAAACAAGAGUAACAAUUAGUUAGCAUUAUUGUUUAC